CUUCUCGCCCCAACGACGACGAUUGAGAGGGAAAGCAACAAAAAAAAAAAACAGAAAGUUAUCUCUCUCUCUCUUUGAAGUUUCCGCCAUGGUUCUCCGAUCAGAAAACACCUGGACGUUCCUGUUAACCCUAGCGAUCCUCUCCGGCCUAUCUCAAUCUCUCCACUUCGAACUGCGAUCAGGUCGAACAAAAUGUAUAUCGGAAGACAUCAAAAGCAAUUCAAUGACCGUCGGGAAAUACACCGUCGUCAAACCCGACGAGGCUCACCCUUCACCUCCCUCUCACAAGAUCUCCAUAAGGGUGACAUCGAGUUACGGGAACACGUUUCAUCACGCGGAAGAUGUGGACUCGGGACAGUUCGCGUUCACGGCGGUGGAAGCUGGAGACUACAUGGCUUGUUUCACUGCCAACGGUCAUAAGCCUGAGGUGACGUUGAGUAUCGACUUUGAUUGGAGGACGGGUAUUCAUUCCAAGAGCUGGAGUAGUGUCGCCAAGAAGAGUCAAGUCGAAGUUAUGGAGUUUGAGGUUAAGCAACUGAUUGAAACCGUCAAUACGAUUCAUGAUGAGAUGUUUUAUCUCAGAGACAGGGAGGAAGAGAUGCAGAAUCUGAACAGGGCUACAAUCUCUAAAAUGGCUUGGUUGAGUUUCCUCUCUCUUUUCGUAUGCUUAGGAGUCGCUGGAAUGCAGUUUAUGCACUUGAAGACGUUUCUGGAGAAGAAGAAAGUUAUCUAAGAUGGUUAGUUAGUUAGAUGGAACAGUCCCACUCUUGCUUUUUCUCAAGGAGUCUUUUAUUCCUUGGGAUUUUGUACAUUUAGAUCUCUGUGGCUUAAGCAUGUCCUCUUGGAACUGGAACUUAAAUGAAUGCCAAAGUGUUUGCCAUUUA